UAUGAAGAAACAUCAGGCAGUGCUGAAAUCCAAUUGCAGCCCUCAAGGACUAGUCAAAGUAAUGGAAAUGAUACAAGAAAAUGUAAAGUUGAUGCAAGCAGUAGAGGAGAUGGGAUUUGGAUGCCUUCAACAUCUUCAGGCCGUUAAAAUGGAAUUUAAACUUAUUAAACCACUUUUAGAUAACUUUGAUGUCAACUCAUGCUCCGUAUUUGGGGCUGAUAUCAAGGCCGGAGAUAUUGGUAGGGUUUUAGGAAUCCCGGCAGAGGGGAUUCCAAUUCCUGUAUCUAUCUCGGAUGAGGAAGAAGAAAGACUCAAGGCUAAAUUUGGUGGGAAAAAACUCAUGGAUUUAAUAUCAGAUUUAGAGAAUUUUAAACAAGCUGAUCUCGACUUUAAGGAAACCUUUUUGCUUAUUGCAUUAGGUAAUUUCUUUUGCCCAUCAACCAAAAUCAUUCCCAGUGGAAAGUCGUAUAAAGCCCUCUCUGUUGUACAAUCUGCCAAACAAUACAAUUGGGGAAAAUAUAUCCUUGAAUGGCUCCUCGAUUCCAUCAAGGAUUACCAAAUAAGGACGAAGGGCAGAGAUAGACGGAAUGCAGGGGUUGGAGGCUGCGUUUACUUUUUGAAGAUUUUCUUUCUCCAGCAAAAAUAUCCAGAAUGCAUUGAUAAAGGUAAACCAGUCAUGUCAGCAUGGACCAAAAAGAAGUUGAACCAAGCAUGGAAACAGUGCAAGAAAAAGUUGACAUCAGGGUUUGUGUCUGGACAACCAUCAGAGUUCGUGUCUGGACAACAACGCUGCUCCACAUGUAAUUCUGUAAUCUAUGAAGAAAGAUUGGCAAGGCUGGAGCAUGCCGUUUUCUCUAAGAAGCAAUGCCAUGAUGAUGAAAACAUCUUUGAUAUAUAUGGACAUGGAGAGGAAGACAAGGCAGAUGAGAUGGAUGGACAUGGAGAGGAAGACAAGUUAGAUGAAAAUUUACCCUUAAUGGAAGUGCUUUCCACUUUAAAAUCUAAGCGUAAGAGGACUAAGAAGUCACCACAGCCAAAACCAUCUCCCUCCCUGAAAAGAAAAAAUAAAUUUGGUACAACAUAUGCUAGGCGUAAGAAGACCUCCACCAUCUCCUCCUCAACAGGAGCUCCUCCAACAAUUGUUUCAGAUGUCAUUUCCGAGAAGACCUCUCCUUGUCAGAUCACGGGCCCGGAUAGAGCCAUUGUUACUAGAAGAAAACUUCUAGUACUUGACAUAAAUGGAGUUCUUGCUUGUGUUUUACACGGAAUGCCACAUAAUGGAUUUCAAAACUACAUACCAAUAUAUAUUCCAUCUGAUUCUGAAACUCAAACGGAAGCUUGCAUGAAAUCAGUUAUCAAGAGGCCACAAUGUGAAGAGUUUUUGAAGUUUUGCUUGGAGAGGUUUGAUGUAGGCAUAUGGUCAGCAAAGAUGGAGUAUGUGCUUUUCUUUCUCAUGUUGAAAUAAAUUUCUAUUCA